AUGGUCUCGUCAGUGGAACUGGAUGUUCAGGCCAUCUGUACGGAUAAUCCUCCUCCUGCCCUUGAUGCGACUUGUACCUGCAACACUGGAUAUACAGGAGAUGGUCUCGUCAGUGGAACUGGAUGUUCAGACACAGACGCCUGCCUGGCUAAUCCGUGUGACGCCCAGGCCACCUGUACGGAUAAUCCUCCUCCUGCCCUUGAUGCGACUUGUACCUGCAACACUGGAUAUACGGGAGAUGGGCUCGUCAGUGGAACUGGGUGUUCAGACAUAGACGCCUGUCUGGCUAAUCCGUGUGACGCCCAGGCCACCUGUACGGAUAAUCCUCCUCCUGCCCUUGAUGCGACUUGUACCUGCCCCCUUUGGUAUACAGGAGAUGGUCUAGUCAAUGGGACUGGAUGUUCAGACAUAGACGCCUGCCUGGCUAAUCCAUGUGACACCCAGGCCACCUGUACGGAUAAUCCUCCUCCUGCCCUUGAUGCGACUUGUACCUGCAACACUGGAUAUACAGGAGAUGGUCUCGCUAGUGGAACUGGCUGUUCAGACAUAGACGCCUGUCUGGCUAAUCCAUGUGACGCCCAGGCCACCUGUACGGAUAAUCCUCCUCCUGCCCUUGAUGCGACUUGUGCCUGCAACACUGGAUAUACAGGGGAUGGGCUCGUCAGUGGAACUGGGUGUUCAGACAUAGACACUUGUUUAGCUGAUCCAUGUGACGCCCAGGCCACCUGUACGGAUAAUCCUCCUCCUGCCCUUGAUGCGACUUGUACCUGCACCACUGGAUAUACAGGAGAUGGACUCGUCCAUGGAACUGGAUGUUCAGAUAUAAAUGCCUGCCUGGCUAAUCCGUGUGACGCCCAGGCCACCUGUACGGAUAAUCCUCCUCCUGCCCUUGAUGCGACUUGUACCUGUAACACUGGAUAUACAGGAGAUGGACUCGUCAGUGGAACUGGAUGUUCAGACAUAGACGCCUGUCUGGCUAAUCCGUGUGACGCCCAGGCCACCUGUACGGAUAAUCCUCCUCCUGCCCUUGAUGCGACUUGUACCUGCAACACUGGAUAUACAGGAGAUGGUCUCGUCAAUGGAACUGGAUGUUCAGACAUAGACGCCUGUCUGGCUAAUCCGUGUGACGCCCAGGCCACCUGUACGGAUAAUCCUCCUCCUGCCCUUGAUGCGACUUGUACCUGCAACACUGGAUAUACAGGAGAUGGGCUCGUCAGUGGAACUGGGUGUUCAGACACAGAUGCCUGUCUGGCUAAUCCGUGUGACGCCCAGACCACCUGUACGGAUAAUCCUCCUCCUGCCCUUGAUGCGACUUGUACCUGCAACACUGGAUAUACAGGAGAUGGAUUCGUUAAUGGAACUGGGUGUUCAGACACAGACGCCUGCCUGGCUAAUCCGUGUGACGCUCGGGCCACCUGUACGGAUAAUCCUCCUCCUGCCCUUGAUGCGACUUGUACCUGCAACACUGGAUAUACAGGAGAUGGUCUCGCUAGUGGUACUGGAUGUUCAGGCCACCUGUACGGAUAA